UUUUUGGCCAAAAGGUUUUCGUUUUCCUAAAGGGUUCCUAAAGUGUUUGUUUAGGUAGAACUAAUAAACAUCAAGUCUCCACGUAACCCUGGAUCACUUAGUUUGAUGUGUUCUGAGAGACUACUGAGUAGCUUUGUUUAGCUGUCAUUGGUGGUGGUAAUAUUGGGGCUUGAUAUGAAACAGCGAAGCGACCCAAACAUGGCACAUUUUUAGUAGUAAACAUUAGAAACAUUUGAUCAAAUAGGAUGUAAAAAAAAUCAUCAUCAACACAAGUGACAUCAAAUGCAAUGCAAUGCAAAAAAAAAAGUACAAUACACACACAAUUGUACAAAGCAUUAAACAAAUAACUACCCGAUGAAAAUGUAAAUGAAAGGUUAACCAGGAAGACGGCGUACUCUGAGCCUGUACCAUUUGGGUUGGAAAAGCAGGGGUGUCUAUCUUUAAUUCUUUAAAAUGCUCUAUCUAAUAGGCCUUCAAGAUUUUUGUCAAAAAUAUCGGCAAAAAGAAAAAGUAAAAAAGGGCUAGUUAUCCAAAAAGGGCACAUUUUUGCCGAAUAUAAAUAAACAUAUGCAAACGUUUUAACCUGAAGAUGCCGACUGUGCUCCGUGAGCUGGCCGACAAAAUACUUUUCCUGCGUUUUUUGUUUCGUAUUAUUCGUGCAAUUUUUACGAUUGACCAAAGUGUAAAUAUAGAUUGCAAUUGAGAUAAGUUUGUAAUUGACAAUUAUUUUAGAAGUCUUUAUUUUUUAUUUGUCCCACUAUGUUUUCCCUUGAUUUGUGAUUUGUCGAACCUCAGAGAACCUAGCUUAUCUAGUGGGAUUGUUUACUGUAGCUGGAAUGGUACGGCUAACGAUAUAAAGUAUGUCCAACUCUUGAAAUAGUGGCUAAACAAAUUGAUUGUUUGACUUAAACGUUCAAUUUUAUGUGUACUCUGGGAUAAAACAACAAAUUAUUUCGCUGGUGAUAAAGUAUAAAACUACGCGUGACAGAUGAUCGAGGUGGUGGCUUCCAUGGCCCGAGGUCCAGUGUUUCUGGCCGGGGAGCUCAUGGAGUGUCUGAUCACAUUUACCAACCCGAUGUCCCAUCUGUCUACGUCUGCGACCAGUGAGAUGCUGGCGUGGGCCAGCGCUCAGAUCCACUGCCAGUUUCAUGCUAGUGAGAGCAGGGUGGCUCUGCCAGUACAGGGCAUCAAACAGGACGUCCAGGCAGAAAGUGACACUGUGCUUAUUCCCAGCAGAGGAGAGCGAGGGCAGUGUGUGCUGGACACCCCUCCAAAGAUACUGUUCUGUGACCUAUGUCUGGACCCAGGGGAGAGCAAAACGUAUUCUUACAAUGAAAUGGUUCCUGCAGAUGGUCCUCCCAGUUUCCGCGGUCAGUCGGUGAAAUACGUCUACAAACUGACCAUUGGCUGCCAGAGAGUCAAUUCUCCAAUCAAACUACUGAGAGUUCCCUUCAGAGUGCUGGUCUUGCAGGGGAUGCCAGAGCCGCUGUUUCCUCAGGACGAGGAGGUUUCACCAUUAAACCCUUUCCUGGAGGAGGACGAAGCGAGUCGUAGGGAUGCUCGGCCUCUGGAAAGAGCGUUGGACAUGUUGAUGGUCACCACCUCCAGACGCUACCCACACAUGUUCAACAUCACUAACAUCAGAGGGAAAGUUGCAAAGUUCUGUAUCUUUAAGACGGUUUACAGACUGGGUGAGGAGGUCAUCGGAACAUUUAACUUCUCAGAGGGAGACAUUCCCUGUUUACAGUAUUCAGUGAGCCUCCAGAGUGAGGAGGAGAUCCAGACACAGUACCAGCGGCGACCUGGUCAGGCGGUCAGCGUGACGGGACAUGGGCGCCACCUGGAGUCCUGCCUCCACACUGCCUCCAGCCACUUCUCCCUCCCUGUUCCACUCAACGUCACACCAGGAUUCAGUACUGACAUCGUUUCUCUUCGUUGGCGCCUGCACUUUGAGUUUGUUACUGCCAGAGAGCCAAUGGAACCCCCCACUGUCCUUCCUAACCAAUCAGAGGUCACAGUCUGGACCGGGGCGGAGCAGGUGGACGUGGACACCUUCAGCUGGGACCUGCCCAUCAAAGUCCUGCCCACCAACCCAGCCCUGGCCUCCUACGUGUCCCAGUUCACAGGAACAAACAGCAUCAACAUUUAACCCCAGGGAAUGAUGGGAAAGUUUUCCCUUUGAAUGAGGAGUUAACAGAAAUAUGGACAAAAAAAUCUUGUUCUAAUAUAAAACUCUAAACGCACAAGGUCGACAUCAGAAUGAAAAUAAUUCUCACCUCAAUCUGUUGAGAAUAAUGUUCAGUAAUUCAAGUCUGCUUUAAUCUCUAAAUAUACUAAAACAUGAGCAUAAUC